AUGCAGUCUGCGAAUUCGGAGCAGGCCAUACCAUUCAUCGUACCUGUCAAAACUGGGGAAUGGAGGAUAAUCCCAGGUGAUCGUAAGGAAGAAGUGCGUAACUCGAACAGAUGGAUGGGCAGAAUUGGUAGGAGGAAGAAGGAUACCAAUUCCAUCUCGACUCUUCACGGUACUAGUACAACUACGAGUGUCAUCGCUGCACAAGAGACAGAACCGGUCAUGGUGGAGCUCAAGAUAGGUCAAACUGAUUGUAGUACUACUCUUUCCCAUAGGAUUCUGGAUGAACCAACUGACACAGAUAGCAGGGUUGGAGGAGAAAAGGAUGAUGUGAAGACAUGUACCAACCCCAAGCACAGGCAUGCCAUGACAAUGAUGACAAAUAUCACCACUUCACAUAUGACACAGCCUGUAACAACCAUCACGGCUGCACCUCCACGUACAACAAAUGAACCAGUGACAGACAACAUGAGUAUGGUAGAAACGAUUGGCACCAAAGAGAAUUCUAUUACCAUCACAAAUGCUGAAUUAUGUAAGGCACCUCCAUCAAAACACUCAUGGCUUCAAAAUUUUCAAAAACGUACAGACAACUGCAGGCGUGCGUUGAAAGCCUUGAGGACAAGAGCAAUGGUGGAAUCACAAACAGCAGCUGUCACAAGGACCACACAGACCGAACUCUCCAUCAUUGAAAAGACAGACUUGGACUUGAUCUUCAUAUCGAACGUCCUUUCAGUGGCCUGGCAUGUGGAGCUAAUGAAGGGCAGGAAAGUGAUUGAAUUGAAUCGAGAGUACAAGACAUUGUGUAGCAAACUGACAGAGGCAGCAGAUGAAUUUGCCACGCAGAAAUCCCGGGGUAUGAAACAUGUACUGAGCCUGAAAGCCACCCUGACCUCAUACAGAACCUUACUUGACGGAUACAAUAUUGAUACUGCUUUGAAGGACGAAAAGGUGGACAUUAUAGCGGCUGCUACUAAGCUCUAUGAACAACAGGUGUCACGGUCCUGUCCUUGA